AUGGAGCGACGCGGGAGUGAUGCUUUUUUUUCCUCGUGUGCCUGUCUGGCUGUAUGUGUGUCUGUGUAUGUGUGUCUGUGUGUCUGUGUGUGUGUGUGUGUGUCUGUCUGUCUGUCUGUCUGUCUGUCUGUGUGUCUGUGUGUGUCUGCGUGUGUGCGGGAGUCUAUGCAAGCAAAACAGCCCUUUGAAAAAUGUCAGAUCAUAAAAAUGUGUGAAUGUCAGCUAAAAAUAAAGGAUGACAUUAUAAACCUGGCGAGCUGGCUGGCGAAGACAGUGAGGAGCUGGGUGCUCAAGCACCUGGCCAAGACCAAGCCUCGGCAUCUUGUGCUAUACUUUGUCGCCUUCACGCUGAGCAUGAUCGUGGUCACCAUGGGCUUGCGCGGCAACAUUAAGUUCUUGCCCCUGAUUGAAUGGAUGCGACUACAGGUGGACCGGUUGGUUUGCACACCCGCGAUACAUGAGCUCGACGAACUGGACGUUGAUGACAUUGAUUUGGGCCCACAAAACUGCACCCGCAUCCACCCCCGCGUUCUCGUUCCGCGCAUCUACGUGGCGGACCAAGAAAUGGACGACGCCCUGGGUAUCAGGUGCGGAGACUGUGAAGAAUUCAUCGUUUACAGCCAGGUCCGCAACAACAUGACCGGGACCCUUGUCACCGACGUUGAACAAGCCGAUUACAUUCUCAUCCCCUUUCCAGCCGAGUGCCACGACGAGUGCGAGCACAACUCUCGUGCCGACUUUAGCCGUGCCGUGCGUGCCAUGAAGCCGCUUCAGGCCCGCAACCCGCGCGCCAAGCUCUUCACCGUCAGCCGCCGGCCUUUCCCGGCGCGCACUAAUUUCCGAAAGCCCAUGCGCCAACUUUUGCACGACCACCCCGAUGUCAAAUUUCUCUCGCCCGACAUUAAGAACAUGCAACAGAGCGAACUCAAGGCACUGAAGACGCGCCUUGAAUUUCAAAACCACAUCGUGCUGCCUCAGUUCCCGUUGGACUUUGCCGUCUUCGAUGCCCCCUUUGACCGAAAUUGGAAGCGCCCUUUUCGCUUCUGCUUUCAGGGCACCCUGUUGAAUGACGAACGUAGCAUGGUGGCUGAGGCGCUCAGUGGGCGAGAUGACAGUUUUGUCCUGGCCAACUGCCGCUCCUCUCGUAGCGAGCUCACCAACGGCCACUUUCGGUCUAGCGAAUCGGCCGUGGUCUACUCCCAGUGCGAGUACUGCCCGACCCCGCGCGGCGACACCAACUGUGACACGCGCUUCUUUGACGCCAUGCGCGCCGGCUGUAUCCCCAUCGUCACCAAUCGUAUGCGGCCGACCCCGUACGUCCGCCACGUCGAGUACUGGAAUUGGUCGGAAACCUACAUGCGUAAUACAAAAGUUGCCGGCUUCAAGCGCUUGCUCCGCGACUUGGCCCAAAAGACCGAGGAUGAGCUGCACCAGCAGCGCCUCCGCAUGCGUGAUGCCGCGAUACACCUCACCCAUGCCAAGUGCAAUGGCGCCCCUGGAUUGCAGUAUGCGCUUGCCGCCCUCAACGAGGACCGCUCUGGCCUCGAAGACCUGUGGGGGUAUAGCCGCUAUCAACCCUAA